AUGCCGAACCAGUCUUUCAUCAUUCAUGAACCAUUAAUCGACCACGUCUACUCUACCAUUCACGCUUUUCUCUUCCUCCAAAGCUCACCCUGCAACACCUCUUGCAAAUCCGCAAAAGCACUGCUUGAACCUCCUUCUGUCUUACCAAACAGACUGGGGUAUCUGUUGUUGUACUCUACCAGCAUCGUUCUUGCCGUUUCGUUCCAUACCCUUACAACCAACCUCACACGACAGGCGGCCACGCUGGGUAAGAGGAAAUCUUCUGACGAGCAUAGCCGCCCUGACAAGAAGAAGAUCAUGACGGCGUCCAACAUAGAAAUAGACGGACCCUCCGUUGGAUCCGAGCAGCUCAAGAACGGCGACAUUGAUGAAUCCUUAUACAGUCGACAACUGUAUGUCCUUGGUCAUGAGGCUAUGAAGCGUAUGGGUUCCUCGCACGUCCUUAUUGCUGGUCUGAGAGGGCUCGGAGUGGAGAUCGCUAAAAACAUCGCCCUCGCUGGGGUCAAAUCCCUGACGUUGUUCGACCCAGAGCCAGCUGCUAUCUCCGAUCUCUCCUCACAGUUCUUCCUACAUCUGGACGACGUUGGUAAGCCAAGAGCUGCCGUUACUGUCCCUAGGGUUGCAGAACUCAAUGCAUACACGCCUGUGUCUGAGCAUCCUAGCAAGAGCCUCACAGAAGAUCUGAGCCAGCUCCAUCGUUAUCAAGUAGUUGUCUUGACAGGGGUUUCGCUUAGAGAUCAAGUAACGAUAUCUGAUUACUGUCACCAGAACAGUAUCUUCGUUGUCAUUGCGGAUGUCUUUGGGCUCUUUGGCUCAAUAUUCACGGAUUGUGGGAAAGACUUUGCAAUAGCAGACCCUACAGGGGAGAACCCGGUCAGCGGAAUACUUGCCGGCAUUGACUCGGACGGCUUGGUGUCGGCUUUGGAUGAGACGAGACAUGGUCUCGAAGAUGGCGACUUUGUCACUUUUACAGAAGUACAAGGUAUGGAAGCGCUCAAUAACGCAGAGCCUCGCAAAAUUACCGUCAAGGGCCCCUAUACAUUCUCCAUCGGAGACGUGUCCAAUCUGGGACAGUACAAGCGUGGCGGGCUCUACCAGCAAGUGAAAAUGCCCAAGAUCAUCAGCUUCCAGCCGCUCUCGGAACAAUUGAAAAAGCCUGAAAUACUAAUGUCCGAUUUUGCUAAAUUCGAUCGACCCCAACAGCUACACCUGGGCUUUCAGGCCUUGCACGAGUUUGCAAGCAGAAAUAGCGGGAAGUUGCCACGACCCUACUCGGACAAAGAUGCUUCUGAGGUCUUCAAGUAUGCUCAAGCUUUAGCUGGUGAAGGAGAUGACAAGGUAGAGCUGGACGAGAAAUUGUUGCGUGAACUUAGUCACCAAGCACGAGGAGAUCUUGCUCCUAUGGCUGCUUUCUUUGGAGGCUUAGCUGCGCAAGAAGUGCUGAAGUCUGUCUCCGGUAAAUUUCAUCCAAUCGUACAGUGGCUCUACUUCGAUUCCUUGGAGUCUCUGCCUAGUUCUGUAAAGCGAUCUGAAGAGCUAUGCAAGCCGUUAGACUCUCGCUACGAUGGACAGAUCGCUGUGUUCGGUCGGGAAUUCCAGGAGAAGCUCGCAAACGUUAACGAGUUUCUCGUUGGUGCUGGUGCAAUCGGCUGUGAGAUGCUGAAGAAUUGGGCCAUGAUUGGACUGGCAACAGGCCCCAAAGGCAAGAUCAAGGUGGCAGACAUGGACCAAAUUGAGAAGAGCAAUUUGAACAGACAAUUUCUGUUCCGCCCAAAAGAUGUCGGAAAGCUGAAGAGCGAGUGUGCUGCCGAAGCUGUUCAAGCCAUGAACCCAGAUCUCAAAGGGAAAUUCGUUAUUCUUCCGGACAGAGUCGGCGCCGAGACAGAACAUAUAUUCAAUGAAAGCUUCUGGGAAGAAUUGGAUGGCGUCACCAAUGCUUUAGACAAUGUGGACGCAAGGCAGUACGUCGAUCGUCGGUGUGUCUUCUUUCGGAAGCCACUUCUUGACAGUGGAACACUCGGCACCAAAGGCAACACGCAGGUCAUCUUGCCAAGUUUGACUGAAUCUUAUUCAAGCUCCCAGGACCCUCCCGAGCAGUCAUUUCCGCAAUGUACGCUGCGUAGCUUCCCAAACAAGAUUGAUCACACGAUUGCUUGGGCAAAGGAGAAGUUCCAUGAGUUUUUUGUUGGACCGCCGGAAACCGUGAACCUCUACAUAACACAGCCAAAUUACGUUGAAGAAACAUUGAAGCAAGCUGGCAACGAGAUACCGACAUUGGAGAGCAUUCGAGACUAUCUGGUGAGAGACAAGCCCCACAAUUUCGACGAUUGCAUCGUUUGGGCCAGACGCCAAUUCGAGAGCAAAUACAACAAUGAUAUCCAACAGCUACUCUACAAUUUCCCCAAGGAUUGUACUACCUCAAGCGGUGCACCAUUCUGGUCUGGACCGAAGCGAGCACCAGAUCCAUUGAGAUUUGAUGCCUCCAAUCCUACCCACAUGGGCUUCGUCGUUGCCGCCGCUCAUUUGCAUGCGUUCAACUAUGGCAUCAAGGGGGAUAGUAGUAUUACAGACAAGCAUUAUCUCAAGGUCAUGGACGAUAUGAUCAUUCCCGAGUUCACUCCAAGCUCUUCGGUUAAGAUCCAAGCAGAUGACAACGAGCCUGACCCGAAUGCCCAGCCCGCAGGAUCCAACUUUGAUGACAAUGAUACAUUGGAGCAAAUAAUCUCGCAAUUGCCACCCCCUCAAAGUCUCAAGGGCUCCAAGCUGGAGCCUGUUGAGUUUGAGAAAGAUGAUGAUACCAAUCACCACAUCGACUUCAUUACAGCAGCCAGUAACUUGCGAGCCCAGAAUUAUGCAAUCGCGGAGGCGGAUCGGCACAAGACCAAGUUCAUUGCGGGCAAAAUUAUUCCUGCCAUCGCCACGACUACAGCUUUAGUCACCGGCCUUGUCAUCCUAGAGCUCUAUAAGAUCGUGGAUGGCAAAGACGAUAUUGAACAAUAUAAAAAUGGCUUUGUCAACCUGGCGCUUCCGUUCUUUGGGUUCAGCGAGCCCAUUGCCAGUCCGAAGGGAAAGUACAUGGGCAGCUCCGGCGAGGUGACGAUCGACAAACUCUGGGAUCGAUUUGAAGUUGAGAAUAUCACUUUGCAACAGUUCCUGGACGACUUCAAGGAGAAAGGGUUGGAUAUUAUGAUGCUGAGCUCAGGCGUGAGUCUGUUGUAUGCCAGUUUCUACCCGGCGAGCAAACUCAAAGAUCGGCUUGGUCUUAAACUGAGCCAGCUUGUGGAAACGAUUAGCAAGAAGCCCAUUCCAGAUCACCAGAAGAACGUCAUCUUCGAGAUGACCGUGGAGGAUCAGAACGAGGAAGACGUAGAAGUUCCCUACGUCAUGCUCAAGCUGCGGAAAUGA